AUGCGAGAGGCAGACUCGGCCACAUCUCCGUGGAGCCCUUCUAGGAGCUCAGAGCAAUGCCCACAGCUGCAUGUUUUGGUCGUAGGGGAGCGGGGAACCGGGAAAACGACACUUGUAAAUCAUGCGCUGGGGCCGGAGUCGGAGUUUCAGAUAACAACAACCAACAACGAGAGCGUGUGGAUCGCGCCAGGUCGGAGCUCCAUGCGAAAUCCUCGACUGGUCAUGCACGAGCUAUCAUAUGACCUUCUCAGUGCUGUCGAUGCAUCUCAAGCCCAUGAUGUCGCAAGUGUCAAGACCAUUGAGAUAGUGCAACACCUGCUGAAAGAGAAUACCGCUGGGCAGGCGUUGAUGAAUCAGAUACAUGUAAUCUGGUUUUGCAUUCAAGGCGUACCCUCGUCUAUGGAUAAUCGUGUGUUGAGAGCCUCGGAUCGCGAGUUUUUAAUGUUACAGAGGGUGCCUCAGAUGAUUGUGUUCACCCAAUCUGAUGUGGUCGUCGCACAGUGGGAAGAAGCCAACUCGAACUUACCCAACACUUCGGCUGAAACAACGGAUGCCCAUAGACCAAGCGUACAACGGGCGGCAGAGUCAGAAUUUCUAGGGAACAUAUCUUCGUAUUUUCGUACCGGAGGACUGAAGAAUGCGACCUUGGACCCGGAAUCAAAUCGUGUUAUUAGAAGCUUACUUGAAACGACUUGUCAAUUGGGGGACGACUACGUCGAACGCAUGAUAUGGGAGGCAGAACGCACCCGUAUAUCAGCGGAUUAUGAUUUUCUUCGGAACACUAUCGCUAAGGCUCUCGAAAUUGUGAUGGAUGUCUAUUAUCGGGGGGCAUUCAGUAACAUUCCCUGGCACACACAGGGUAACAUGCUUGACCAACUCCACCGGACCCUCACACGAAUUUGGAAGAUGGAUGAUCCUCGUAUGCGACGGGAUGCUCCCCCUUUUGUUUCCCAAGUCUACCAACUGUCAACGGCCUACAAUGUCCACCACCCAGAAUCCGAUAAAACUUCAUGGACUGACACUGCCGACCGAUAUCAGCCUCUCUUCUCUCUUCUUGUUGGGGGCUUUGUCUCAUAUAAGAGCCACUGGUGGAUUGCACUGAUUGUUUGUGCUUUCCUUUUGCUCGGGCAAUGUAUCUAUUGGCUCAAGUAUAGAAUGUGA